AUAAAACUGAGCAGAGCCUGCAACCUAUCUAUAUCAGCUGUAUAUCAAUAAAUUUUACAUUGAAAGCCCGAUGAAAGCACAUCACGGAACACAAGAAAGUGGCAAAACUGAAUUAUAUAGUUAAAUUUAAAAUAAUUUAAUUUUACUUCCACGCAAUGGGGAGCUUAAGCCGGGCUCUCCUCGUACUCGGCGUUUUCUUGGUCCAGAGCACAGCAGAUAUUCCCGGCUGCAACUAUUUUGAUACCGUCAAACUGACAAAAGAGCAACAACUUGAGAAUGGAUCGUAUCGAUAUAGAAACGUUAUAAUUCCGAAAGAGAAAACCGGAAUAUACGACUACAGAAUAUCGCUCGACGGCAAAAUGCAAAUGGCCUCCAAUUAUACGAGGGGUUGUGUCUGUCAUGUAAAAUCGUGCGUACCUUUUUGCUGCGACCCACACGAGUUCCUUGUUGACGCCCUCUUGAACGUAACCCUUCUCAACGGCACGGAGACCGAGAUAAAUCUACGCAAGGACUUUCUCGUUCAACCAGUCUAUGAGGAAUUUUGCGACUUAGUUGGUCUGAAUAACAGCUUGGAUCAUCAGUGGACUUUGUUUGAGAAUGGCAUUCUGUUCAAGCAUACCCAUAACCACAAUAUAAAUAAAGGGCACUAUUGCCUGGUGCCGCUUGCGGUCAACGAUGAUGUCUACAAACUUGGUGCCCACUAUUUAGCCGAGAGUUCGAGCACAAAAAGCACAAUCACUCUACCUGAUGCAUUGCGAGUUAUUUCAAUAUUCUGUAUGAUUAUUACCAUUGCGACGUAUCUGUACUUUCCCAAAUUCCGUUCAGUGUACGACAAAUGCUGCAUAUGCUACUUUUUUUGCCUAGCCGUUAGCUUCACGUUGCUGUGGUGCGAAUCGCUCUAUCGAGAGAGUAUUCCUUUUAAAUGGAUGUGCAACUUUGUUGGUUACAUUGGGUAUUACACUGUUAUGGCCACAUUCCUUUGGCUCUUGAUGAUCAACUUUACGCUGUGGAAGAAAUUUAAAAACCUUGGCAUUGGGUGUAAUUCCAACUUUAAGAAAUAUAAUAUCAUCGUUUGGAGCGUAUCUGCUGGGUUACUUGGAAUCACACUUUUGGUUGCGUAUCUAUUUGAAAUGGACGAAAAUUUUGACGUCGAUAAUAAAAGCCAAUGGCAGCCUAGAAUUGGAUAUUUUUCCUGUUGGAUCGAAACUGAGGAUUAUUCGGCAAUGAUCUACUAUUAUGGUCCCAUAUUGUUGGCCAUACUUAUCAACAUAUGGCUUUCUAUUGUAUCGGCAAUGAUAAUAUAUAGAGAGGACCAGAAUAAUUGCCGCGUGUGGAGUAACGCCGAGAGUAGCAACAAACUUGCACAUCAAGCCAAUUUCAAAUUAUUCUUCCGCCUAUUCGCCAUAACAGGCGUGUCAUGGCUUCUGGAGAUAAUUGCGUUUCUAUGUUCAAUCAACAAUUUUGGUGUAACCCAGCUUAUUGACAUAAUAACCUCUGCUCAAGGCAUACUUUUGUUUUUUGUAUCAGUCUUGAAGAAGGAAGUGAUAAAGGCUUUUAAUGAGCGGGUGGAAAAACGAAAAAGCGGAAAUCCAAAUGACUAUACCAUCGCGAGCUCAAAUCUUGACUCCUAA